AGUUUGGAAUUUGGAUUUAAAAAUAGCAGCAGCAGGUAGAACAAUAUAAUAUUUACCAUUUUACAUAUAAAUAAAAAUUACAGUCUGUAAAUAUUAAACUCAGUCCCAGGUGCCAAACUCAGUCCUGAGUCCUCUCCACAGGAUACUUUUUACAUACGGGUCCUCUCCUACCGGAGCGGUGUUCCGGAGCACAAGUCGCAACAAAACGAAAAAAAACACAGAAAAUAAAAACUUAUGAUGCAGUGUUAUGUGCCUUUUUGCGAGAACAAAUCAAGUCUCGCGUCUAAAUCUGUGGGAAUUACAUUUCACAAAUUUCCCAGCUCACGCAAAGUCCGGGCGUUGUGGCUCCAAGCGCUCGGUAAACAGGAGUCCCACUUGCCACGUGGGGCUGCAGUUUGCUCAAAGCAUUUCCUAGCUGAGGACUUCAGUGUAACAAGAAGUGGGUUAAUGAAAAUGCGACCCGAAGCUGUUCCUUUUGUUAUUAAUGAUUUGGAAUCAUCUGAUUCAAACCAGAAGUCAAUGGAUGUAGAGGAACAAGAUGUACAAAUGGUCACUGGCAAUGUUGUGAUAAAAGAUGAACUACCAGAGACUAUGCUUUGCAAGAACAAUGAAACUUCACUGUUUAAAGAGACCUUAGACCAAGACUUCACGGAGACCUGCUAUAAUGUCUACGACUCACAAUUUGAAGUGUUCAAGCAUGAGUUAUGUGAUGGUUCAGAAAUGGAACAUUUGAGAUACAAUCAUGAUGAAGCUACUAUAAACAAUUUCUUUUUCAAUGAUAGUAAACAGGAGCCUUCUCGAGCUGGAGUGAGUUCAUCUGCAAACAAUUCUCAAACACUUGACACACCUUUGAAGAAUAAACACACAGAAACUGAAGACAUGUGUAUGGAUGAAGACUCUUCAGAGGAAGGGAAGUGCUUCAGUGCAAAAACACAACAAUCUUUAAAUAAAGCUAAAGUCACUGAUCCGAAUGAUACUGCUCUGAGCUGUAGGUUGAAGAAGGCCAGGAUAACCCCCACUGGCAAGCAACUCCUCUCUUGUGAACAUUGCCUGUUUAAAACUACUUAUAAGUAUUCCUUAGUGAAACACAUGAGGACUCACACUGGCAAAAAACUUUAUUCAUGCAACCAUUGCAACUAUAAAUGUUUAAUUUCAAGUCAUCUUAAAGUCCACAUGAGGACUCAUACUGGAGAAAAACCUUAUCAUUGUAAGUACUGCAACUAUAAAAGUGCAUAUACAAGUCAUUUCAAAGAGCACACAAGAACUCACACUGGAGAAAACCCUUACUCAUGCAACCAUUGCAACUAUAAAUGUGUAAAACAAAGUCAUCUUAAAGUCCACAUGAGGACUCAUACUGGAGAAAGACCUUAUCAUUGUGAGCACUGCAACUAUAAAUGUGCAGAUGCAAGUAAUCUUAAAGUCCACAUGAGGACUCACACUGGAGAAAAACCUUAUCAUUGUGAGCACUGCAACUAUAAAUGUGCGGAUGCAAGUAAUCUUAAAGUCCACAUGAGGACUCAUACUGGAGAAAAACCUUAUCAUUGUGAGCACUGCAACUAUAAAUGUGCAAAUGCCAGUCAUCUUAAAGUCCACAUGAGGACUCACACUGGAGAAAAACCUUAUCAUUGUGAGCACUGCAACUAUAAAUGUUCGAUUUCAAGUCAGCUUAAAGUCCACAUGAGGACUCAUACUGGAGAAAAACCUUAUCAUUGUGAGCACUGCAACUAUAAAUGUGCAAAUGCCAGUCAUUUUAAAGUCCACAUGAGGACUCACACUGGAGAAAAACCUUAUUCAUGCAACCAUUGCAACUAUAAAUGUUCAAUCUCAAAUAACCUUAAAGUCCACAUGAGGACUCAUACUGGAGAAAAACCUUAUUCAUGCAACAAUUGCAACUAUAAAUGUUUAAAUCAAAAUUCUCUUAAAAUCCACAUGAGGGCUCACACUGGAGAAAAACCUUAUUCAUGCAACCAUUGCAACUAUAAAUGUUCAAUUUCACAUAACCUUAAAGUCCACAUGAGGACUCAUACUGGAGAAAAACCUUAUCAUUGUGAGCACUGCAACUAUAAAUGUGCAGUUGCAAGUAAUCUUAAAGUCCACAUGAGGACUCACACAGGAGAAAAACCUUAUCAUUGUGAGCACUGCAACUAUAAAUGUGCAGAUGCAAGUUAUCUUAAAGUCCACAUGAGGACUCACACUGGCAAAAGACUAUCAUAAGUACUGCAACUAUAAAAAUGCAUAUACAAGUCAUUUCACAAGAACUCACACUGGAGAAAAAUCUUAUUUAUGCAACCAUUGCAACUAUAAAUGUGUAAAACAAAAUAAUCUUAAAGUCUACAUAAGGACUCAUAUUGGAAAGAAACUCUUCUCUUGCGAGCAUUGCUUGUAUAAAAGUGUACAUAAGCAUUCUUUAGUAACACUCAUGA